AAUGUAUGAUGACAAGGGAGGGGAAUCCUGUCGAAGACGGAGAAAGAAGGGAGGGGGACUGUGAGCUGAGAGCUGGCUCCGACCUCGGGUCCAUGCGAGCAGGACGACGCAUCCGUGGCGAUAGUGCUUGUGAUCUUGCUGUUGCUGCUGAUUGGGGCCCUAUGACGAGCUCCGAGGCGAUUUUCCGUCAAUCGCAGGCUGGCUGGACGAUAACAUCAUCCGCGCGACGAUGAUGCGAGCCCCUUAUCGCCUCGAGAUAGGGCUAGCUGCUACAUAAGCCCCGACCGGCCACUUCUCCCUGGACUUCUCUCGAUCAGUCAGUCUCGUCCGAGCCAUAGUCAUUCCACAGCAUCAUGUCGAAUCCCCCGGACAAGAAAGAGACGGUCGAGAUCCGGGCCGUGACACCCAACCCUCCCGUCGAUGAUGAUCUGGCUGAGCCGGCGGAAUCCCCGGCCUCGCGCAGCUUCCUCACAGCCUUCACGUCUCGAACCACCACCAAGGUGGAUCUGGAUGCCAUUGCGACCACCCGCAGUGUUUUCGACGAUGCCCGCCUGGCGCCCUUCUACUGGCCACAUCCCCAGUACGAGAACCGGCACCGGUUCGACCCGACGGCGCGGUGGACGCACCGGGAGGAGCGGGCAGUGCGACGCAAGACGGACAUCAAGAUCUUCCUCUGGAUCCUGGUGAUGUUCUUCGGGCUGAACCUGGACCGGGGCAACCUGGGCAACGCGUCGGCCGACAAUCUGCUGCCGGACCUGCACAUCAACACCAACGACUACAACAACGCCCAGAACAUGUACCGCAUCGGCUUUCUAAUCUCCGAGAUCCCCUCGCAGAUGAUCGGGAAACGUCUGGGACCCGACCGCUGGAUCCCCGUCCAGAUCAUCCUCUGGAGCCUGGCCUCGGGGGGCCAGUUCUUCAUGCACAACCGCGCCGGUUUCUUCGCCUGUCGCUUCUUCAUCGGCCUCUUCAUGGGAGGCUUCAUCCCCGACGCCAUCCUCUACCUCUCCUACUUUUACACCAAGACCGAGAUGCCCCUGCGCCUGGCCUUCUUCUGGUUCGUCGACUCCCUCUCCGGCGUCGUCGCCUCCUUCAUCGCCUAUGGCGUGCUGCACAUGCGCGGCGUCCAGGGCCGGGCCGGAUGGCGCUGGCUGUUCCUCCUCGAGGCCCUGAUCAGUCUCGUCAUCGGCCUCUUCAGCUUUCUCUUCCUCGUGCCCGGCCCGACCCAGACGGCCACCUGGUGGAAUCCCCGCGGCUACUUUUCCGAGCGCGAGGAGACCAUCAUUGUCACUCGCGUGCUGCGGGACGACCCCUCCAAGGGCGACAUGCACAAUCGUCAGGCCUUGAGCCUGGGCAUGCUGUGGCAAAGUUUGCGGGACUAUGAUCUGUGGCCGAUCUACAUCAUCGGCAUGCUGUUUGAGAUCCCCACCGCGCCGCCCAAAUCCUACCUGAGUCUGUCGCUCAAGGCCAUCGGCUUCUCCACCUUCCAGACCACCCUGCUGGGCAUCCCCGUCACCGUGUUUGCCGCCAUCAACCUGCUGCUGGCCACGGAGCUCUCCGAGCGCCUGCGGCAGAUCUGCGUCGUCGGCAUUCUCACCCAGCUAUGGUCGCUGCCCCUGCUCAUCAUUCUGUUUCUGCAUGCGAGCACCCUCUCCAACUGGGGGCUUUACGCCGUCACCUUCGUCCUGUUGGGCUGGCCGUCCCCCCAUGCCGCCCACGUGGGCUGGUGCUCACGGCUGAGCAACGCCGUGCGGACCCGGACGGUCAGUGCCGCCAUGUACAACAUCACGAUCCAGCUGUCGGGGAUCGCCUCAUCCAACAUCUACCGCAAUGACGACAAGCCGUACUACCACCGGGGCGACGGGCAACUCAUCGCCAUCAACAUCGCCACCAUCGUAGUCUAUGCGCUGGCCAAGACAUACUAUGUGGCACGAAACCGAUGGAAGCGCAACCGGUGGGAGGCGAUGACGGCGGAGGAGAAGGUGGAGUACCUGGCCACCACCACCGAUCAGGGGAACAAGCGCCUGGAUUUCCUGUUCGACAGUUGAAGUACCGUCCGUACCCAUGUACCUACCUUAGUGAAUCAACGCUCCCCCAACCCCCCUCCAACGGGAUCCUUAGACAAUCGACCAUCAGCUCCCUCCUAGUACUCUUUCCACGCUCGAACCCUCCCUAGAGAAAUUUCCUCCGCCGACGACUAGUCCUCUCCGGGGUCCUGCGCCGACAACGGCGAUGACGACGCAUGGCGAGCUCGCAUCCCGCGACGACGUGC